AUCCCGCGCUGGGAUCCCGCCCCUCCCCGGUACGUUGCAGUCUCGAGAGUUUGUGGGCCGCUCCGCCCUCCUGUCAGCGUGGAUCUCGAAUCGGACCGGGGCCAGCCCUCGGAACCGUGUGUCGGGCUUUCAGCACAUCGGUACUGGGUGCCGAGCCCUUGCUGUUUCUAUCACAGACCGGUUGAACCAGGAGAAGCAGCUGAGUGGCUUGGGGUAGACCAGUGACAGGCAUUAUCCACCCCUUACUAAGGCUGACUGUGCAGUCUAGACUACCGCCUCGAUUUCCGCGUGUGGGCGCUCCCACCCCUUCUCUGGGGGACUUGGAGGAAAUGGAGGGGGAGGAGCCCUCGCCGGGAAUUGAGAAGUGUGUUUAGGAGAGAGGCAAAGGAAGGUCCAGGCCCCUCCAUUUCCACUCCUGGAUGGAGCUAGCUUGGUCCCCACCUCUUGCCAGUCCCGGCCUGUCGCCAGCUGCUGGAAUGUGGAAGAUUCCGAGUCUCCCCUCCUCUGCAGUGGACCAGGAGUACUCACUUGGGCAGCAUACAUAGAAAAAUCAAGAGCAGACCAGGGCAUCUGGGAAUGGCCAGGAAGGAAGCCUUGUUUUGGACUGUCAGCAUUCAGGAGCACUUGGCCCAGGAAAGGUGGGAAAGGCUAGAUUGUAAAAUGCCCUGAGAGGGAUCAAGAGAUGGGGAUUACUAAUCUAGGACUGUAAGGUGUUCUGGAGCAACUGCGCCUCUCAGAGCCCCCCAGAUGUCCCAUCAUCAGAGACCUCUGUGCUGUGUGCCAUGGGUGUGACCCCCAGGCUCAGAGCUGGUGCAUCUCAGAAGCGCAGGAAAGAGAGAUGGCGACCAUGAAGUGAAGUUCAGUAUGCCUGGCAGCAGUGGGGCAGAACUCCUUACGUGAGCCAAGAGAAAGGGGUUACGGGUGAUUAUUUAGAUGAAAAUUCUAUACCUUGAAAGCUCAGUCCAGAGUUUGGGUGCAAGGUUUGAGGGUGGAUCCCUGGGACUGUCCCUGUGUCACUCAGGCCUGAGCCUUUUUCCGUCGUGGAAAGGUGAGAAAAACCACAAGACACUAACCAAUUGAAAAGCAGGCUGUGGAGUCCCAAGUUGUAGGUAAGAUAUAUACACCUAUGGCUGAUUCAUGUUGAUGUUUGGCAGAAACCAACAUGAUAUUAUAAAGCAAUUAUCCUUCAGUUAAAAAUAAAUUAAAAAAAAAAAACAAACCAUCAGUCACUCUGGAUAGUGGCAGAGUAGAGGGUGAGUGGCUGGAGUGCAACAGAAGGGAAAUUCCAAGGUCCUGUUGUAUGUCCCUCUGGGACAACUUGUGGAAUUCUCCUCCAGCAGUCAGCUUUAGAAAAUGGAAAAUGAAACUCUCUCCUCUAGAGUCCUGGCAGGACAAUACAGUACCUCCAGUCCCAAGUCCUUGAGGGAGGUUCACCUGGAGAAGGGAAGGGGCUGGAACUGAGGUCACUGCAUCCCAGUUCGGGGCUCUUGGACAACCCAGGAAGGGAAGAGGGAAGACCCAGGCUAGAGCUCAGAGCCAUCCAUCAUAAGGAAGGGAAUAAGAUGAGCCCGUGGAGUGGGAGACACCUGACCUUUCUCAAGCUGAAAUUGAGCAGAAGAUCAAGGAGUACAAUGGCCAGAUCAACAGCAACUUGUUCAUGAGCCUGAACAAGGAUGGCUCCUAUACAGGCUUCAUCAAGGUUCAACUGAAGCUGGUGCGCCCUGUCUCCGUUCCCUCCAGCAAGAAGCCACCCUCCCUGCAGGAUGCCCGGCGCGGCCCAGGGCGGGGCACAGCUGUGAAACGCCGCACCUCCUUCUACCUGCCCAAGGAUGCUGUCAAGCACCUGCACGUGUUGUCACGCACACGGGCACGCGAGGUCAUUGAGGCCCUGUUGCGCAAGUUCCUGGUGGUGGAUGACCCUCGCAAGUUUGCACUCUUUGAGCGGGCUGAGCGCCAGGGCCAAGUGUACCUCCGGAAGCUGUCAGAUGAUGAGCAGCCCCUACGCCUCCGGCUCCUUGCAGGGCCCAGUGAGAAGGCCCUAAGCUUUGUGUUGAAGGAGAAUGACUCUGGGGAGGUGAACUGGGACGCUUUCAGCAUGCCUGAGCUACACAACUUUCUGCGCAUCCUGCAGCGGGAAGAAGAGGAACACCUCCGCCAGAUCCUGCAGAAGUACUCCUAUUGUCGCCAGAAGAUUCAGGAAGCCCUGCACGCCUGCCCCCUGGGGUGACCUCUUGUACCCCCGGGGUGGAAGGAGGAGAGUAGGCAGCGCCAAGGGCGUGCCGUGUGAGUGUGCAAAGGCCCCUGUGGCCUGAGGAAUGAGUGUGCAUGGAGGCCCUCUCUUGCUGGGGGGAACGAGCCCAGAGAACAGCGAAGGAGCUGGCCCCCUGUGUCCACCAGUGGGUGGAGCAGAGCAUGGCUCUUCACCCUUCUGCCUGUUGUGUACUGGGUCAUGGUGGGCCAGGGUUGCCCUGGGAAGCUGCUCCAGGCUUGCAGCAGGGGUAGAGGAGACAGAAGUCUCUUUAAAUUUGUCUCAGAUAUGAGAAUCUUGGAGACUCUACAAACAUAAUAGGGUCAUUUGCAGGGAUGAGGGCCCUUGUCUAUGCAGAACGGUUGUGUGAUUUGGAUCUUGGAUGGGGGAGGGGGGUGUCUCAGGAUAGCCCUAUCAGAACCAAGGGUGGGUGUUCAAGAUAAGACAGGCAUCAAGGAAGAGUCUAGGGUUCCCUCUCCAGCACCCUCUGACUCCUCACACACCUUCAGGUCAGGGAGUGCUGGCUAAGGGUGCAGCAAUAGUGCCUCUGCCUCCUCCAAGGAGGAUGUCCCUGGGCCAGGCUCUCUGUGAAUGUGGGCCCUGGCCCAGGUGUCUGUGCCUUGUUUGCCAGUCAAAGCCAGGGUCUUUCCCUUGGGUAUUUUUGAUGAUGUGUGCGAAUGUAUGUACUAUUUUGUGGCCUCAGCUGAAUGCCUCCUGUGGGGAAAGGGGUGGGGGUAAUAGUCAUCAGGGCCUGGGGUCUGAGAAAAUUGGCUAAAUAAAGAUUUAAGAAUUC